GCCAGUGCUAACGUUACGUUGAGUAAUUGAAGCUGGCGAGUUAGAAUAUGUUAGCUUCACCAUUCAUGUUAUUGGAGAAAGUGAUACAGUCGUGUAAUUUAUGCAAGACGUAGUAGUAUACUUGCGCUUGAGUAUUGCAUACACUUAAAUUAUUACAUACUUAGGUAGGAACAAUUUUCCAUUUCUUUAUUGAAUUGGUGACAAGAUGGCGACUCCCAGGGAAGCAUGAAAAUAGAUGCCUGCUAUAAAUGGAGAAACUAUUUCAUACAUAUUGGCUUUAUGUUUCGAUGCAAUGUGUACUCUCUGUUCUUACAUUUCUCGCGAUUAAUUUCUGAAUGAAGCUAAGUAAGUUGUUUGCGUCACUAUUUCACCAGAUGUAUGUUUGCUUCUUAAUUCUCAAUAUUUUUUUUUUUUUUCGAGUCGCCAUUUUUUAAACUGGCGGAGGAGGUUUAUUUGGCUGUUACAAGAUGGCGACUCCCAUGGAGGGGUACUCUCUAGUUUCUGAGGGAUAUCGGUGCAAAAUGCAAUUGCUAUAUGCGACAUUUUGAAAAUUGACUAUAAUAUAAUUUUUUCUUAUUGAUGGUAGCAGUGUAUGCACGCAAGUUUGCAAGUUGAAGGACCUGGUCUUUUGUUGCAGACGGACCGGCUUUUUGUCUUCUUACGGAGCGUCUGUAAAAUGGCGGCUUCCAUGGAUUUUAACGUUACAUUUUCCUGAAAUCAUUUGAAAUAUUUGCAGUGGCUGUGGAAACCAUCUCAUUGGAUAGAUGUGAAUAAAACAACUUAGUUCUCUUCUUAUUGUGCGACAACAGACACUGAGUGAUUGGAUCCUCUGCUAUUCUGCCAGCUAGCUAAUUAGCCUGCUAAGUGGGAUAGCUUAGCAGACGUUUUAUUCAUUUGGCGUAGCUGGUUAGCACUAGCAUUUAGCAGAGGACAUGACAUCCCCUGGUUCCGCUUUGUCUGGAACCAGCGGUUCAACGCUUCAGCCGCGUUGGAAGCGAGUUCUUGGAUGGUCUGGCCCCGUCCCUCGGCCAAGACAUGGACACAGAGCAGUUGCUAUCAAGGAGCUUAUGGUGGUGUUCGGAGGUGGGAAUGAAGGAAUUGUUGAUGAGCUCCACGUCUAUAACACAGCUACCAAUCAGUGGUUUAUUCCAGCCGUCCGUGGGGACAUUCCUCCAGGCUGUGCAGCAUACGGUUUUGUGUGCGAUGGUACUCGACUGCUGGUGUUUGGAGGGAUGGUGGAGUAUGGGAAGUACAGCAAUGACCUUUACGAACUGCAGGCCAGUAGAUGGGAGUGGAAGAAAUUGAAGCCAAAAGCCCCGAAGAAUGGGCCCCCACCUUGCCCCCGUCUGGGGCACAGCUUUUCUCUAGUGGGCAAUAAGUGCUACCUGUUUGGAGGGUUGGCCAAUGAUAGUGAAGACCCUAAAAACAACAUUCCCAGGUAUCUAAAUGACCUGUACACACUGGAGCUGCGUCCUGGCUCCUCUGUGGUGGGCUGGGACAUCCCCAUCACAUAUGGUGUGCUGCCUCCCCCACGCGAGAGCCAUACUGCAGUGGUCUACACAGAGAAGGACACCAAGAAGUCACGGCUCGUCAUCUACGGGGGCAUGAGUGGCUGCCGCUUGGGAGACCUGUGGACCCUUGACAUAGACACUCUCACCUGGAACAAGCCCGCACUGAGUGGCACAGCUCCCCUUCCACGCAGUCUUCACUCGGCCACCACCAUCACAAACAAGAUGUUUGUUUUUGGUGGCUGGGUGCCCCUGGUUAUGGAUGAUGUGAAAGUGGCCACACACGAGAAAGAGUGGAAGUGUACAAAUACACUGGCUUGUCUAAAUUUGGAUUCAAUGAAUUGGGAGAAUGUGUUGAUGGACACCCUGGAAGAUAAUGUACCCAGAGCCCGUGCAGGACACUGUUCAGUGUCCAUUAACUCUAGACUGUAUGUGUGGAGUGGACGUGAUGGGUACCGCAAAGCCUGGAAUAACCAGGUGUGCUGCAAAGACUUGUGGUAUCUCGAGACAGAGAGGCCACAUGCGCCCUCGCGUGUGCAGCUGGUCCGUGCCAACACCAACUCCCUGGAGGUGAGCUGGGGCGCGGUGCCUACGGCCGACACCUACCUGCUGCAGCUGCAGAAGUACGACAUCCCCUCUGCCACAGCGGCCACCUCGCCCAACCUCAACGCCGCUACCUCUCUCCCCAGCAACUCCCCCAAGAGCCCCGCGCCAGCGUCCGCCGCACCCGCGGCCCAGAGCCUGCCCCACACUGGCAUCAGCCUGAUGGCCCAGGCCUCCUCCCCGACCGCAUCAGGCCUACCCGUCCUGCCCAACAUGCCAGGCAGCCCACUGGGGGCCUCCACUGCUCGUGGCCCAGCAAUCCUGAAAGUGGCAGCUCCCCAGGGUGGCACUGGCACAUCUAUAGUAACUGUGCGUCAAGCCAACCAAGCUGGGAAGUCCCCGGUCACUGUGACGUCGCUUCCUGCAGGUGUUCGCAUGGUUAUACCAGCACAAACCACACAAGGAGCGCCAAUUGGAAACAGCCCUCAGAUGAGUGGCAUGGCAGCUCUGGCUGCUGCUGCAGCCGCAACACAGAAGAUCCCGCCCUCAUCCACUCCCACAAUGCUAAGUGUUCCAGCUGGGGCUACCAUUGUGAAGACUAUGGCUGCUUCACCAGGCUCCACCACAGUCAAAAUGGCCUCACCAGUCAUGGUGAGCAACCCCGCCACCCGCAUGCUGAAGACGGCCGCAGCUCAAGUCGGCACGGCAACUGUGUCCAGUCCCAACACUUCCACUCGCCCCAUCAUCACUGUGCACAAGUCCGGCACCGUUACAGUGGCUCAGCAAGCCCAGGUGGUCACCACAGUGGUCGGUGGGGUCACUAAGACCAUCACUCUUGUGAAGAGCCCUAUCUCAAUGGCAGGAGGAGGAACACUGUUCUCUAACCUGGGGAAGGUGAUGUCCGUUGUGCAGACGAAGCCAGGGCAGUCUGCCUUGACCGGACAGGCCUCCACCAACCCACUCACUCAGAUCAUACAGACAAAAGGGCCCCUCCCUGCUGGCACGAUUCUGAAACUGGUGACCUCUGCGGAUGGGAAGCCCACCACCAUCAUCACCACCAGCCAGGCAGGGGUGGCGGGCGGCAAACCCACCAUCUUGGGCGUCAGCAGCAUGUCGCCGACCUCCACCACCAAACCAGGCACCACCCAUAUUAUCAAAACCAUCCCCAUGUCUGCCAUUGGGGCCUCUGGUGUUACCAGUAGUGCUGGGAUGAAGUCCCCCAUCACCAUUUUCACCACCAAGGCCUUCACCUCUGGCACGGGCACCCCUGGCAAGAUAAUCACUACUGUGCCAAAGCUGGGCGGUGCAGCAGGCCAGCAGGGCCUUACUCAGGUGGUUUUGAAGGGAGCACCAGGUCAACCUGGGACGAUCCUACGAACAGUGCCCAUGAGCGGAGUUCGACUGGUUUCCCCAGUGUCCGUAUCUACUGUUAAGCCAACUGUGACCACCUUGGUUGUCAAAGGAACCACAGGGGUCACUACUCUGGGCACAGUCACGGGGACCGUCUCUAGCAGCCUGGCUGGUGGCAGCGUCACCAGUGCCAACGCCUCCCUGGCCACACCCAUCACCACGCUGGGAAGUAUCGCCACCCUGUCUAGUCAGGUGAUUAACCCAGCAACCAUCACGGUGUCUGCAGCGCAGACUAGCCUUACCACGGCAACAGCCCUCCCCACCACCUCCAUACAGUCGGCAGGACAGCCUACCCAGGUGACCCUAAUCACGAGCCCCAGCAGUGCAGAGGCUCAGGCGGGUCAGGACCUGCCCGUGUCCAUCCUGGCGUCGCCAACGUCCGAGCAGCCCAGCUCUUCCGAGACGGCCGCCAGCGACACCUCUGGCUCGGUCACACUGGUCUGCUCCAACCCUCCCUGUGAAACGCACGAGACGGGCACAACCAACACAGCCACCACAGCCACCGUCAACAUGGGCGGGACGCAGCGAGUCUGCUCCAACCCGCCCUGCGAGACUCAUGAAACGGGCACUACCAACACUGCCACCACGGCGUCCUCGAACAUGGGUGGUGCCACUCAGGUUUGUUCCAACCCACCCUGCGAGACGCACGAGACGGGCACAACCAACACUGCCACCACAGCGUCCUCAAGCAUGGGUGCCAGAUGGCCACGGUACUGGCGCCGAGAGGGUUUGCUCCACCCGCCCUGCGAGGCCGCGCAGGCGGGCACAACCAACACUGCCACCACAGCGUCCUCAAGCAUGGGUGCUGGCAACCAGAUGGCCACCGGUACUGCGCAGAGGGUUUGCUCCAACCCGCCCUGCGAGACGCACGAGACGGGCACAACCAACACUGCCACCACAGCGUCCUCAAGCAUGGGUGCUGGCAACCAGAUGGCCACCGGUACUGCGCAGAGGGUUUGCUCCAACCCGCCCUGCGAGACGCACGAGACGGGCACUACCAACACAGCCACCACAGCGUCCUCAAGCAUGGGUGCUGGCACUCAGACGGGCACCAGUACCGCGCAGAGGGUUUGCUCCAACCCGCCCUGCGAGACGCACGAGACGGGCACUACCAACACUGCCACCACAGCGUCCUCAAGCAUGAGUGCUGGCGACCAGACGGCCACCGGUACCGUGCAGAGGGUUUGCUCCAACCCGCCCUGUGAAACCCACGAGACGGGCACUACCAACACUGCGACCACAGCUACCUGCAACCUGGAGACUGGAGAAGGCGCAGCCCAGCAGAGUACAGAGUCUUCGGAAGCAACCAGCAGCACAGAGGUGCCCUCAACAUCGUCCACGGCAGCUGGAUCCAGUCGAGCGGUCACCACAGUUACUCAGGCCACACCCGCACCUGGACCCUCGGUUCCUUCCAUCUCGUCCAUCGCUGAGUCGUCGGGUGCCGUACCAGCAGAGCUCACUCAGGACGAGCUGACUGCAGCGGGCAGCUCCGAGGCUGUGGCGUCUGAGGAGCCCAUGCAGACAGACUGCCCACCAGAGGGUGCCAUGCCCAUGGAGGAAGGAGAUGCUGCACACACAACUCAGAUGGCGGAGUCCGCAUCCCAGGAGGCCGAGGCCCUGGGCCUGCCCCCAGAGCUCAUGUCUGAGGGCCAGACCACCACACUGAUGGUGACUGGCCUGACCCCCGAGGAGCUGGCCGUGACCGCCGCGGCAGAGGCCGCAGCACAAGCUGCCGCUACGGAGGAAGCCCAGGCUCUGGCCGCCUCUGAGGAGGCCCAGGCCCUGGCCAUCCAGGCAGUGCUGCAGGCCGCCCAGCAGGCUGUCAUGAGCGAGGGCAACACUGGCUCAGAGCAGCAGACCCACACCAUCCCCAUCGUGCUCACCCCGCAGGAGCUGGCGGCACUCGUUCAGCAGCAGCAGCAGCUCCAGGAGGCCCAGGCGGCCGCCCAGCAGCAGGCACAGGAGCAGGCUGCGCCCACCGAGGGCCUGGCCCCCGCCGACAGCCUCAACGACCCCGCCUCCGAGAGCAACGGCCACGGUGACAUGGCCGCCGCCGUCUCCAGUGCUGUCGCCGGGUUGCUCCCCAGCACCGCUGCUGAGACAUUGGCGCCAUCCAACACCUUUGCAACAGUAGCAGUAGCCAGCCCCGCCAAGAUGCAGGCUGCAGCAACACUGGCUGAAGUGGCCAAUGGCAUCGAGAAGCAGAGUGCUCCUCCUGCCCCAGUCCGAGUCCCAGUAAAGAAAGAGAACCAGUGGUAUGACGUGGGAAUCGUCAAGGUGACCAACAUGGUGGUGACGCAUUAUUAUAUACCGGGAGGUGACUCUGCCUACUCAGAGGAUGACUCGGGAGCCAUGCCCGACUACACUGAAAUGAAGAGGAUGGAGUUGCAGCCAGGCACAGCAUACAAGUUCCGAGUAGCGGGAAUCAAUGCCUGCGGCCGUGGCGCCUUCUCAGAAAUAUCCGCUUUCAAGACCUGCCUGCCAGGCUUCCCAGGGGCACCUUGUGCCAUCAAAAUCAGCAAGAGCCCAGACGGUGCCCACUUGACGUGGGAGCCGCCGUCGGUCACGUCGGGCAAGAUCAUCGAGUACUCUGUGUACCUGGCCAUCCAGAGCUCGCAAACCACCGAGGCCAAGCCGUCGGCGCCAGCCCAGCUGGCCUUCAUGCGGGUGUACUGCGGGCCCAGCCCGUCCUGCCUGGUGCAGUCCUCCAGCCUGUCCAACGCACACAUCGACUACACCACCAAGCCUGCCAUCAUCUUCCGUAUCGCCGCACGCAACGAGAAGGGCUAUGGCCCUGCUACGCAAGUCCGAUGGCUCCAAGAGUCAAGCAAAGAUGCUGCAGCCAAGCCGGCUGCCAAGAGAGCAGUGUCCUCCCCAGACGUGAAAACUGGUCCUAAGAAGGCGCGGAUGGAUCAAUGAGGCAAUGUUGAGGCCUGUGCCCCCUACCCCCCCUCUCUGCAUCCCUCUGCCUCCUCCCCAACCCUUUAGCGACUUUAGAGACUACAGGCACAAACACCAUGGAACAUUUACUGUACCCAGCCAAGCAGUGUGUGUGUGUGUGUGUGUGUGUUUUUUUUUUUUCUCUUUCUCUCAACAUUUGGCAUUGCAUCAUUUUUACCUUUUUCAGCUGUGAACAAAAGAAAUGAUCAAGUACGUUUUACUUUUGUUUCCUCUUUUUUGGCGAAAACCCCACCCCCUUCACUCACACACACACACACUUUUUUAAGCGAUAGGUGGCAUUCCGGAAAAAAGAAAAACCAAAAAAAAAAGCCUUUCUCUUCUGCCAAGUCUUCCUCUUCUUUUUUUUUUUUUUUUUUUGGCCUUCCUGCAUAAUUUCCUAAGUAUGCCAUUUGCUCCUGGCAGGAUUUGAUUAGGUGAGCUUUUUACAAACAGCAUGCCAGGCUGCUGCCAGCUGGCUCAGGAUAAGGAGGAAACUGAGCAACUCUGGCAAAACAGGCAGAGGACUGCAGGGGUGGACAUUUCAUCCAACAACUUGCAAACCUAAAGUAAAACAAAGCACUUGUCCAUACACACACACACACAUGCGCACACACACACACACAUUGGACACUUCUCCUCCCCCCCUUUUUUUUUUCUUUCUUUUUUUCUGGUGGAAGGACCGCCAACCUCCCACUCAAAACAGAACACAUGGAGACGUUAACACUGAACGCGUGCAGCUCUGGAAUCCUGGUUAAGGCAUCAGUGUGCACCGGUGUGAGAGGAGACCCGUUUGGGAUGUUGCCACCAUGACGUGAACGGCGGAGUGGACAGGAUCGAGUAGAGACAGACUUUGUUACAACCAAGACCUGCAGUAUAUAUUCACAUACACGCCACAUGCAAACAUGCACACCGAAACAGAAAAAGAAAAGAAAAAAAACUUCCCAAAAAAUUAGAAAGCUAUGAUGCAGAAUAUCUUUGUGUAGUUUAUUUUUGUAUUUUUACGCUUUUCUCUUGUGUGUAUGUGGAUGUCAAGUGUGUUUUUUUUUUUUCAUUUUUUUUUUUUUUUUUUUAAUAAUCCCUGUAGUUAUGUCAAACCUGGGCUCGGAAAGGACAUCAUUUUAAAAUCUCAGUUGGACCUGUUCAUUGUUAUUGCAAGAAAAGAGAAGGGGCUUUUGUACUUUGAUUCGGCACGUAGAUGAAAUAGGAACGAAGGGAACUUGGACCUGGACCCAGGGAAAAGGGGGGUUUUACCCUUCUUGUGUUUUUCUUUCUC